GAGACUUAUUAAUAUAUGUGUUUUACUGGGAUGAUUUUAAAUUCAAUAGAUUUAGGGACUAGUAUUUGGAAGAAGGAAAAAAAAAAAAACGAAGUCCAAAAGAAAUUUAGUGACCACGGAAAGGAGGAUACAGGGGAUUAACAAAACUUACGAGGAGGACAAGCACUAAUAUUGAUUUGAAAGAUAAGGGGUACGAAAAGAAGUACAAUUGAGAUGCAGGGGGUGUGAAAUACUUCUCCCAUUGAAAAACGACCACCACAAUUAACCAAAAUCAUGGGUUUUUCUUUACAAGAAGAAUUUAUUCCCGCCACUCGAUUGUUUGCUUUGAUGUUUUCAUUCUUCGCUUCACGUCUCCUCACAUCCACCCGUUUGUAUUUUGUGGGAUCUUGUUAACAAAUAACUCUGUGAAGAGAAGAAAAAUCUUGUACGCAAGGUGUUUGAUAAAAUUCCUAACAAAGCAAAAGCCCCAAAAUAUUUGAAGCAGCGAAGUGUAAAGAUUGAACCUUUAUUACAUCCUUUUAUGCCAUCUUAACGGAUAUGACGAGUGUCCUCUCAAGUCAUCCUCCAGUAGUUCAAAUUCAUGAGAAUUCUUCUGAGAAUUCUUUCAUGAGAAAAUUGAAUAAGGUACAAUAUUUGGGACAUUCAAGUGUAGGCUAUUCUUCUGGAGGAGCAUUAUCUACUCAACGUCAUCAAUUUAUUAGUGUCCAGGCGAAAGUCUCAUAUGCUAGGCAGUUUGUUGCAAGAGCUGUUAGUAACGAUGCAGAACCAAGCAAUGAUGAUGAUGCAAGUGAAAAAAAAGAAUCUUCUGAGAGCAAAAAUGAAGAGAUCAAAGGAGGGAUGUCCCGAGAGGAAUUGGAAAGGCUCAUUGGACAGGAUGACUCAGCUUUCAGCGGAGUAGAUCUUGCAACUCUCAUCAGGAAGAAAUAUGGUAGAUCCUAUGAUGUCCAACUUAUUAAAAAGGAAUUCAUGGGAAAAAACCUGCUGGCAAUGAAUGUCAUGUGGAAGUAUGUGGAGCAGCGAUCAUUUCCCUUGACUGAAGAGGAGUAUCUAUUGAGGCUUGAUGAUGUAGCAAACACAUUGAAAUGCUGGGGAGCAGUCUCACACAUUCGAAAUAGCCUUGAAAAAUUGAAAGAACGACCUCGAAUAGGGAAGGCAGUAAGCAUUUUUAUAGACAUGGAUGAAUCUGGAGGACGAGCAAAGGAGUGGAUUUACAAAUGAUGCAAACAAAAAUAUUGUUUGAGAGGUGUCUUUAGAGAUGUAAAUUGUUCUGAUGUUCUCAAAUUAUUGGCCAAGAUUCUAUUUAAGGGUUUCCCGUUUGAGAAUAAUCUCGUGCCCCAACUGUAAAUUUGCAUAUUAUCCUGUUUCUAUUACUGUUCUUGUUUAAAAAAAAAUUAUUGAAGCCAUUUGUUUGUAAGAGACUACAGGCAAUCAAAUUUCAUGUUUUUGCA